GCCUACAAAAAACAGAUAAAACUGAAAAGGAAAAAAGUCCGCCUUCUUCCCCAGCCACCACUGCUGCACUCCCAUACCACUUUGCCAAGAUUUUUAGUAUUAUCGUUAGGAUUUCACACUGUAAAUUAAUCCAAUUAUUAGAUUUGGAAUAGUGAAAUUAUGAAUAAGUUAAUUGAUUUUGGGAGAAAAGCCAUGUUCUACGUAAGGGUUCUUUCGGGCUACGAAGAGCGAAGAAUUCGAUCUUAUCGUUUACAGCUCCAACAACACCUCCAACUGGCACAAGAGAGAAAAGCAGAAAUCAGAAAGGUCCCUGAACAAAUAAUUUUGUCAGAGGUGCGGCGGAUGGUCGAGGAAAUGAAAGCUUUGAAUAAGAAGUUAGACGAAACUGAGGCUGCCAUUGAGGAGUACUUUAAGCCGAUUGACAAGGAAGCAGAGAUGAUAAUGAAAGUACAGCUCGAAGGGGAGGAGAAAACGAUGGAGGAGAUGAUGAAGGCCAUGCAAAAACAGGCUUCUUUCGAGGCAGCUGAGGCAGAAAAAAAUGGUCAUCUGCAAAAUGCAGAUACCGACCAACGUAAUCAGGAGAAAAUGUCCACAAGCAUGCAUACUGAAGUAAGAUAAUUCUACACAAGCUUUUGUCAAGCUUUUAAUGCUUUUUCUUCCCCAAAGAUUACAUGGGGUAUGGCUAAGUGAGAACCACCAAGUGCUAGAAUAACCAGAUUUUGUGAACUUACAGCAUCAGUGUUUGUUUGUUAUGUUGUGUUUGAGCUCCAUAUCAUAGUAUAACCUGAUUGAUCUCUCUCUCUCACAAAUGUGGGGUUUUUGUACUACUAACCAAUAAAUUCCCUAUAGUAGAUUUUUAUUUUUUGUUGA